AUGGCUGGUGCUUUUUCUGCUGUGGCAGCUACUUAUGGUAGCCGAGUCGAACAAUUGCUUGAGACUGAGGAGGAUUACAAGAGAUAUCAUGAUAAAUUGAAUAAGAAAUUGAGGAAGUUGAGACAUCAGUUGGGUCUUAUUACUAAGGACACUAAGAACUAUUCGGCCAAGGAAAAGUAUUCUGGUUUGGGGUCUGAGUUUUAUGACAAUGAGAAUAAGCUAAUCGCUGUUUUGAUGUUGUUGCAUAUUGAAAGAGAUAUGUCAAUUGUGGAGGCUAUUAAAUUGAGGUCUUCUAAAAGGGGUAAGUUGAAGAAGAGUGAGAGGAAGUUGUUGACUAUUAGAUUGAAGAAAGCUGUGGACACUAGCAGUCGUUUGGUUAAGGUUACAAGUAAUGAAUCAUUGUGGAUUUCCAGAUUGCAAUUUUUAAUCGUGGAAAAAUUGAUAAAUGUAGAGAAUUAUAUAUAUGGUAAACACAUCAAGACUAAGAAUAGUGGCCAAAUCACUGCAAAUUUAUCGUUGGUAUUGGUCGCCAUUGAUUUCUUGUCCAAGAAAGAUUUGCUAUCAAUGGCUGUUUGUGAUUAUUUGAAGACAAAAUAUGAAUAUACUUUGAAUCAACACUCUGGAAGUAACUUUAACCAAUCUCAUUUGGUAAAUGUCAUGAACAAGGAAGUACAAAAGAACGCUGAUGAUGAACUGGUCAAGAUUUUAUUGGCAAAUGGAUUUAAACAACUGGAAGAUGUAGAAAUGGCUGAAGAAUCUUCAUCUGAUGAAAUUCAAUGGCGUAAUUUUAAUGCUAAGAUCAACGAUUCUCAAGUGAGCCAGCUGAUUUCAGAAGCGCAAUCUAUGAAAGUUGUAUCUGUUAACGAUUACGAUAAUAUCUUGUUGAAAUGGCAGGAUUCAUUAAAUAGACAAGAGGCUUAUAUGACAUUUAAUGAAGGCCAUGAUGACACUAACGAAAAUGAUCAGAUUGUAUUGGCCUAUAUCAAGUUCCAUUCUUUGUUUACUUCUAUAUCUCGUGACAACCAUUUUUUCAAUAAAUUGAUUAAAAGAUGGGAAGAUAUGUCUAAAAAAUCAAUGUCUUCAAAAUUAGUAAAAUACAAAGAAAUUGAAAGACUAGUGAAAAAUUUAAUCAAAUAUUUAGUUGACGUAAUGGAAUUACCAGGUAUCUAUUCAGAUGAACAACUAAUGAAUCAAUUAGAACUAUUGAAAUGUUACUAUACCUCUCAAUUGAAUUCACAUUGUCUAAGCCGUUUGUAUCAAGAAAAUGGUAAGUAUUUACAUGCUUUAGCUCUACAUGUGGAUUCAUUGCAAAAAUUAGAACAAGCGCUAAUGGAAACUGGUGACUUGAAUGAAAUUUACAUACCCGAUCAUAUAUUAGUUGAAGAAAAAGUCAAAGCUCUAUACGAUUUAAUUCAAAAAUCAUGGAGUAGUAUUGUCGGUUUGGCCGAAUAUGAAAAGAGUCUAAACAAAACCUCAAAAAAUAAAAGCAAAACUAACGAAUCACUAAUAGAAAGAAUCGACACUCAACGUAUAAAACCAGGAAACGUUGAUUUAAAUAACUUAUUCCCAAUGAGACCAAUAAUUAGACCUGUUGGAAGUAAACCAACAUUGUUUGAUUUGGGCUUCAACUACAUAACAUACGAAAACGAAACAAAUACAACAUCAGAGCAACAGAAAUCUAUCGAAACUAAAUCAGAUGCAUCAUCACAAAAUGAAGCGGAACAAGUUUCCUCAAUUGAGCAACCAAAGAAACGUAAAUUCUUAGGUCUAUUUGGACGUUAA